GACCUAUACAAUUUUUUUUCUUUUUUUAAAUUAUGAAUAAUGAAAAAUAUUUCAUGAGUUUAGAAUUAUAUAUGCAUUCAGUUAUUUUACAAUUACAUUGUCACAUUGUUCAUGUAGAUAGUUAUUUCCAUAAUGUUUUAUUUAUUUAGUUAAUUAUGAAUACUUUGGGGCUCCAUAGUCUGACUCUAAAACUUGUUCUACAAACUCGCUACUUUUUAACCAGAAAACUGCUGUGUACCUCCUCACCACUUGGUGGCGGUAGUGCUUCCUUUUGUUUAAUGCAAACGAAUAAGAAACUGGAGGAGAAACAGCGCGGGUGAUCCAAAACCAAACAACUAAACUUUCCUCACGGAAAUAUUCUGAAGUAAUUCUGCCACAAAUUCACAGUCCGCGGGAAACACCUUGAGAAACGAUGUUGAGAACUUCCCGUUUGAAGCGUGAGCUUCAGAUGUUGAGCACCGAGCCUCCUCCCGGGAUAACUUGUUGGCAGACCGAGGAACAGAUUGAUGACCUCCGUGCACAGAUUGUAGGCGGAGAAGGAACUCCUUAUGAAGGUGGAGUCUUCUCCCUGGAGAUCAAGAUUCCGGAGAGAUAUCCCUUUCAGCCUCCAAAAAUGCGAUUCUUGACUCCCAUCUACCACCCAAACAUUGAUAACUCUGGGCGUAUUUGUCACGAUGCUCUCAAACUCCCACCAAAGGGUGCCUGGAAGCCAUCUCUAAACAUCUCCACAGUUCUCACUUCUAUUCAGUUACUCAUGGCUGAGCCCAAUCCAGAUGACCCACUUAUGGCUGAUAUAUCAUCGGAGUUCAAAUAUAACAAACACCUGUUUUUUGAGAAAGCCAAGAAAUGGACACAGGAACAUGCAGUUCAGAAGAACACUGGAGCUGUGGAGGUCAACAAAGAAAAUGUUCCGAAUCAGAAAGUCUCAUCCCGAAAGCGACAGGAGCUCACUGGCCAGCAGGAGACCGAAGACCCAGCGAAGAAACGUUGCGCAUAGCUCAACUUUUCUUUACAGUAACCAGCAUGCAUUGCACAUCUGUUAACAUUUUUUAAAACUUGUGAUGUACUCUAAUACCAUCCUUCAUUUAAGAUGUACAUAAAUUGAUUGGAGGAUAUAUUGUUUUAACAAAUUUAUUUGUGUUUUUUCUGUUGAGAUAUUAAAGUUCAUGAAUACAUUA